AUGCUAAAUAAAGCAAGAAGAAAGACUACCAAAGACAGGUUUGCCUUAGAACUCUAUGCUGGAAGCCCGGCAGGGAGGGGCAGAGAGGACAGGCGACACACCUGCCCGUGGGUGAGCCUCUUGGGGCGCGGCGGGAGCCGGAGCCUGAGCCUGGCAGCUCUCUUGCUCGCUCGCUCUACCCCAGACCUCGCUCAGACGAAGAACGCCAAUUGCCGCCCCAGUCCACCGCGCGGUGGGGCGCAGGGAAGGCCGGCCGAAGGCUUUGAACCCUCGGCUGGCCGCGUGGUGUCCCGUGAUGUCCCGGCGAUGACAGGGUGGCUUGGCCCCGGGAGAAGGACUGGGGGCCGGGGGCGCGGCCACUCCCGCGCUUUCGUCUCCAGCGGCCCGGUUCUCCCGGACGCUGGGCCCCCGCGGCGGGUCCGUCCGCACCCUAAGGCUAGGGCUGGGCGAACGGACCCCGGGACUGGCUCUGCGAGCUUCCCCCGGGUCCGAAAUCGCCAACAGCGUCCCGGGCCCCGCAGGUCGAUCUCCUGCAGCGCCGAGGGAUCCGGCUCGCAGCCGAGCAACCAGGACUCUAGUGUUAGGUCAUUUCAUUUUCCUCGAACCCCGAGCAAUUCUUCGGGCCCUCCGGGUUUUGCUGUUGGGGGACAGGGCUGCUCCCGCAGCGGGCUCGUGGCCACUCUCCCAGGGUUUGGACAGAGGUUCUCGCAGCCCUGCCCGAAAGAAAGCAAUGAAUGAGUGCGGCUCGCGGGCCAGUUCACGGAAGACCAAGCCUGAACUGGUGGGUCAGUUGACCUAUUCCCAGAAAGUUCUGGACCUCGUCAAAACGGCGGAUGUUAGCGCGGGUGGGUGUGGGUCACUCUCUUGCUGCUGCUGGGAGCUCAGGGGGACCCGAGGGCGCAGGGCAGGUGACUGGGUGCGAAGGGCACGGACUGCCGCGCUGUGUGGCUCAGACCCUAGUCCUAAGGGGACAAAACGGAGGAAAAAUGCGGCUUCCAGGGGUGGGGGCAGAAGACUCCAGAGCCUGCUGACUGGGCUCUUUUCACUCGCUCAGGAAUGUAGUGUGGCUUUUCCGUUUGGUAUGGCUGGCAGGCGUAGGGUUGGGUGAAUUGACUGUCCCUUGCCACCCCUCCUCCCGAUCUGUAACCAGCUUCUGAACCGGUCAACUUCUCCCAGAGAAACAGAUACACGGCAUACUGUCACUUUUUUUUUUUUUUAAUGACAUAAAACAAAACAAUUCACAGUACACUAAAAUAGUCUGACAUAAAAAGGGAUACCUCUGCCUGAGGUAUCUCUUAGAAUUGAC